AGCACAUACUUUCGUUUUGGAGCGAAAGAAAGACAAAAAUAAUCGCGUUUCUCUCCAUCACCUCUCCCAUACAUACUCGAUACUCGGUACUCCCAUACAUUCAUUUAGGAACCCCACUAAAAAUAAAAUUCCCACCCAAAAUCUUCAAUCUUCAAUCUUCAAUCUUCAAUCUUCAAUCUUCAAUUUUCAAACAUCUAUUUUACUUCCAUUAAUGAAACACACCAAACAAAAUCUACACUAGUUUUCGUAGAACAUGUAAAAGAUUUAUCAUAAAAAUGGCAACUUCAGCAUUCAAAUCAACCUCAAAAAGACCCAGUACUUCAUCAUCAACCGCAAGAAAUAAGCAGCAACCAAGAAACCAGCAGAAUCCAACCCAGAAAGUUCCGAUUCGAAGAUCGAGAAGUGUCACCCCAUUUUCAAGGACUCAUUUGGAUUCAACCUCGGAAUUCAAGAACAAAACAGACAAUCCUCUCUUUUGGGUUGAUGGGUCACCUCAAUCCGAGGAAGAUUUUGAUGGGGUUAAGGUUAACAAUGUUUCCAAAAUUGAAAUCCCCAAAUUUAUUGACUUGAAUAGUGUAAAUGUAAAGGGUUCUUGUUCUUCUAAUGGCGGCAGUGAGAGUAGGAGAGGGAGGCCAGUUUGCAGAGGAGAGACCAAAGUAUCUGGUAUUGGUCGGAGCUUGUCGAGGGUUGAUACUGCUCGUCGGAGGCGGUCGUCGUCUCGAGGAAAUUUUGCAAAUUCUGAGAGUGAAAGGGAGCAAAACAGCGAAUCAAGAAAUUUUAGAAGCGAAAAUAAGAUCUCAAGUGCACAUAGUGCUUUUCUUGAGGGAAGAAAAAAACUAGCUAGAAGUGCUUCUGAUUUGUCUGAAGUACUGAAAGGCCGGAAUACAUGGUCGAGCCAGCAUCCUGCUUCUGAGACUUCAGACGAUUGUGCCAUUAGUCUGUCUGGUUCACAAAUACCACAUUGGGACGAUGUGGUAUCAACAAGUUCCAUCUCAGAAGCUGAAGAAAAGACUAUCAAACCAGUUUUAGAAGAGAAGGCCACGUUAAGGAAUAACUCUGAUUUUAUUCAUAGUGGCAUAAUUUCUGAUAUUGGACCUGAUAUGGAAAAUUCAAAUGCAGUUGAAUUAGUAAGGGAUAUUAGGGAGGAAUUUGUAUGGGAGCUGGAAGAGUGUGAAGAACGUGCCAGAAGACUUCGAGCGGAGUUGGCUGCUGAAGAGCAUCGUGAGAUUGAACUGAACAAAAUACUUGACGAUAUUGUUCCAGAGCCAAAGACUCCUCUUGUGCAAAGAACUCGUGCAGUAAGAAAGGCUAGCCAUGAAAGGAAAAAAAUGUCAAGGCACCUUGAAGAUGAAGCCUUGGCGUAUUUUGAUGAAUGUGUUUCAAUAUCAACAUUUGAUGAUUCUGACUUUUCAUCAUUAGAGGAUCUAUCAUCCAAUAUGGUCAGCAUUGAUGGCCCAGGUCGUGAAAGAGGAGGUUUACCUGGAGUUCCAAACAGAUCUAGUAUUGACUGUUCUUUUGGGAGCCAGGAUGAUAUGCAGAGAACUCUACUUUUGCAAGGUAAUGAGGGCUCCAAUUCAUCAGCUAAACACAGUUGUAACAAUAAUUAUGUAAAUACAAGCAGUCUAAACAACAGUUCAGGGACAAAACCACAGUUUUCAUUCACUCCCACGCCAUCAGCUACCAAUUCAUUCAAAGACGACAUAAGCAACUAUGUAAAAAAUUUCUCCAAGGUUAGCGGAAAUGAAAGCAGCAACUCUCACACUGUUAGAUUAAAUCAUAAAAACACUGAAGACUACAACUGUGAAUAUCCUAUGGAGAAACUUGUGCUGGACAGGGUAACUUUCAGGAACAGAAUAGAGUCAGGUAGCAUAUUAUUAUGUGGCGGGGGAGUUGGCGUUUCAUUGGCUCCUUUUUCUUCUGUUUUAUGGUAAAAAAUAAUUCUCCAAUCUCCUAUUAUUUGUAUACACUUCAAAAACAGCUGUUAAAAAUCUUGUAUAUCGUUCACCUUUGGAAAUCAUAUGGGAAAAUUGUUUAUGAUAA